AUGGGCGAUCGGACUGAAUCAGUUCGCGAAACUGCUGCGCGAUUGAAUCCUCCGGAAGACGAAGCCAAAGUUGCUGCCGAUAACUCUGCUAAGCAGAGAGCAAUUGAAAAACUGAGAGACGCGAGAGACCUCAAUCUGUUCAAGUUGGCUAUGGGCCAUGACCUCGGCGUUGGCGCUUACUCCCGGGUUCGCUUUGGCAAGUUGAUCGUGAAGGAACUUCCGCAGUCCCUGUGGCCGCACAUUGCUGUCAAGAUUCAGGACAGAGAGGUAAUGAAUGCUCAGGGCUAUGCAGCCAAUGUUGAAAGAGAAAUCAAAAUACUGAGCAUGAUCAAACAUCCUUCUAUAGUGGGAUUCAUCGGAUCCUUUACUACAGAGCAAAGUGUUUUCAUUGCUAUGGAAUAUCUACCAAAUGGAGAUCUACAGACCAUACUUGCAGCAAAGGGAUCCUUGUCAACAUCGGCUACCCGAUUUGUUACCGCAGAAAUCAUACUGGGUCUCCAGCAUUUGCAUCAGAACGGAAUCGUCUAUGGCGAUCUCAAACCUGAAAACGUCUUGUUUGAUCUGCAGUUCCACGUCAAACUUUCAGAUUUUGGUUCUUCGCGAUUGAGUACUUUGAUCCUUAUUCUAACCUUUCUGUUGAAUGAGUGUGCAGUAUCGGAAGAAGAGGAGGAAGAAGGAUUCCGUGAAAAUCGGGUUGAAGGAACAGCAGAUUACAUUUCGCCGGAGGUUGCACAAGGGUUGAGUCGUUCCACCUUCGCCUCAGACGCGUGGGCCUUUGGCUGCGUCCUCUUUCAGCUAUUGGCUGGUCAUGUUCCCAUCGUCUCUUCACUCGACAGGCACCUAGAGGUAGCUUAA